UAGUCUCAAACCCUUUGUCUUCCCUUUUGAGUUAACUUGUUGCGAGAAAGUAAGAAGUCAGCAAACAUGAUCAAGCUGAGGUCAAAGAGGUUUUGUAGAGGCAGCUUUAAACUUGGUGGUAAUGGUGGCGGUACUGGAGGCAACACUGCUGUCAAAGGAAAUGAAAGAGGGUCCUGUGGAGGCACUAAUAAUGGUGAAAUCAAAUGGGAGCUUAGGCCUGGUGGCAUGCUUGUUCAAAAGAGAGAAAGUGGAGAGAGUGUUGGAGAGUUAAUCACAGUGAGGGUCUCAACUGUUUCACAAUGGCAUGACAUCUCCAUUGAAGCAACUUCAACCUUCGGGGAAUUGAAGAUGGUAUUGUCAUUGGUAACUAGCUUGGAGCCAAAAGAACAAAGGCUACUGUUCAAAGGAAAAGAGAGAGACAACAGUGAAUUCUUACACAUGGUUGGGGUUAGAGACAAGGACAAGGUGCUCUUGUUAGAAGAUCCAGCUAUCAAGGAAAGGAAGCUUCAUGGCUUGGCAGGAGGCCAAGCCAUUGGGACUCCUUGUCGUACCAUAAGUGUAUAAUGUUAUUAAUCAUUGUGCUACUAACCACUACAAAGCAUGUUAUUGAUCUUUGUGCUGCUAACCACCAAAAGAAUAGCCACAAGUAAUUUGGUGAUGGCUUUCUCUUCAGUUCUUGGUUAGAGUAGUGAGUGACUUAAUUAAUCAAGGAAUUAUUGUGAAUUUAACAUGUGGAAGCUGAUGCAUAUCCGAGUCAUUUUGCAAAGCUUGCUGUGUUUAUAAAACUGUUCGUUUUUUCA